GAUUUACACCCGCGGAAAUCACCCAAUGAAGCGGCCGACCGCCAAAUAACUCGCAGCUUGCUUCUUUUUUUCCCGCCAGCCCCUCCAAAAAGGCAAAAUCGGCCCUUAAUCAGUAGUCACUUGUUUGACAUCACUCGAUUCGUUUUGUACAUUCCACUCUUAGUCGAGAACCAACCCACCACCCAAAAGGGCCUGAACGUUGCCUGAUCGUCUAAUAAAAUCAGCAGCCUCGACUCGAAUCCCAUCCUUUUUAGUACCCCGCCAACGACGGCUUCCGUCCCUCAUCUAUUCUUCAUUUCCCAUCCUCCACCACCUCUCACCUCUUCCUUCUUCUUCAUCUUCAUCCUCACUCUAUCCUUCUUCAUCCAACUUUCAUUCUAUCGCCUCCAUUUCCAUCAUGGCCGACGCUUCCAAGGCUCUCGCGAACCGCUCUCGCUAUGAGUGGCUUUCCGCCCUCAACACCGAGUACGCGCCGGAGACGGUCUACCGCCGUACCUCCAUCAUUGGUACCAUUGGUCCCAAGACAAACUCGGUCGAGAAGAUUAACAUGCUCCGUCGAGCUGGUCUCAACAUUGUCCGCAUGAACUUCUCUCACGGUUCAUACGAGUACCACCAGUCUGUCAUUGACAACGCUCGUGAGGCUGAGCGUCAGAACCCCGGUCGCCCUCUUGCCAUUGCUCUUGACACUAAGGGACCUGAGAUCCGGACGGGUAACACCGUUGGCGAUGCUGAUAUCCCCAUCAGCGCUGGUGAUGAGCUUAACAUCACCACUGACGAGAAGUAUGCCACUGCUAGUGACAACAAGAACAUGUACGUCGACUACAAGAACAUUACCAAGGUGAUCGCCAAGGGCCGUGUCAUCUUCGUCGAUGAUGGUGUUCUCUCAUUCGAGGUCCUCGACGUUGUUGACGAGAAGACCAUCCGUGCCCGCUGCAUGAACAAUGGCAAGAUCUCCUCCAAGAAGGGUGUCAACUUGCCCAAGACCGAUGUCGACCUUCCCCCUCUCUCCGAGAAGGACAAGAGCGAUCUGCGCUUCGGUGCCAAGAACAACGUUGACAUGGUCUUCGCCUCAUUCAUUCGUCACGGCAGCGACAUCACUGCCAUCCGUGAGGUUCUUGGCGAGGAUGGCAAGGAUAUUAAGAUUAUUGCCAAGAUCGAGAACCAGCAGGGUGUCAACAACUUCGACGACAUCCUCAAGGAGACUGACGGUGUCAUGGUCGCUCGUGGUGACCUUGGUAUCGAGAUCCCCCCGUCGCAGGUCUUCAUUGCCCAGAAGAUGAUGAUCGCCAAGUGCAACCUCGUCGGCAAGCCCGUUGUCUGCGCUACCCAGAUGCUCGAGUCUAUGACCUACAACCCUCGUCCCACUCGUGCCGAGGUCAGCGACGUUGGCAACGCUGUCAUGGACGGUGCCGACUGCGUUAUGCUUUCGGGUGAGACCGCCAAGGGCAACUACCCCAAGGAGGCCGUCACCAUCAUGCACGAGACUUGCUUGCUCGCUGAGGUUGCCAUUCCUUACGUGAGCCUCUUUGAUGAGCUCAAGAACCUUGCUCCUCGUCCUACCCCCACCGCCGAGACUUGCGCCAUGGCCGCUGUCAGCGCCAGCUUGGAGCAGGAGGCUGGUGCCAUUCUCGUUCUCUCCACCACUGGUGACACUGCUCGCCUCGUCUCCAAGUACCGUCCCAUCGCUCCCAUCAUCAUGGUCACUCGCAACCCCAAGGCCUCUCGCUACUCUCACCUCUACCGUGGCGUGUACCCCUUCCACUUCCCCGAGGCCAAGCCCGACUUCAAGAAGGCCGACUGGCAGGAGGAUGUUGACCGCCGCAUCAAGUGGGGUAUCUUCAACGCCAUUAAGCUUGGUGUCUUGAAGGAGGGCCAGAACGUUGUCUGCGUCCAGGGCUGGAGAGGAGGCCGUGGCCACACCAACACCCUCCGCAUUGUCCCCGCCCAGGAGGACCUUGGCCUCUCUGACGAUUAGACGACCUUUGACUUGUUUACACGCUGGCGUGGAUCUCGCAUCAGCCUCUGACGAUGAAGAAUGAUGCAUUUAUUUUUAAUAGUCAAAAAAGUGGCCUUUUUUACUUUGUCAUUGUUAUUUAUUCUUACCAUAUUCCAUGCGGCCACGAUGGUUACUUAGAUUGUUGUGAAAU